AUGGCGGCCUCGACGGCCUCGCACCGGCCCAUCAAAGGGAUCCUGAAGAACAAGAGCUCGGCCGCUUCCUCUGUGGUGUCCUCGGCCGAACAGCCCAGCGGGCAUGCGGAUGAAGAGCUGAGUAAAAAAUCCCAGAAGUGGGAUGAAAUGAACAUCCUGGCAACAUAUCACCCAGCAGACAAAGACUAUGGUUUAAUGAAGAUAGAUGAACCUAGCACUCCUUAUCAUAGUAUGAUAGGUGAUGAUGAUGAAACACUGAGUGAUUCUGAAGCCACUGAAGCCAUGACUCCUGAUGUUUUAGCCAAGAAAUUAAGUGCUGCUGAAGGCUUCGAGCCAAAGUAUAGGAUUCAGGAGCAAGAAAGCAGUGAGGAGGAAGAGGAGGACCUCUCUCCUGAAGAACAAGAAAAAAAGCGACAGUUUGAAAUGAAAAGAAAGAUGCACUAUAAUGAAGGACUGAAUAUUAAAUUAGCUAGACAGUUAAUUUCAAAAGACCUACAUGAUGAAGAUGAUGAAGAUGAAGAAAUGCCGGAGACUACAGAUGGAGAAAAGAUGAACACGGAGGACUCAAAUCAAGGAUCUACUACAACUGACCAGCUGCAAAACAAAUCAUAG